AUGGCAGACAAGACUAUCGUAGCAUUUGAUCUGUACGGCACGCUUUUGUCUACGGAGUCCAUCGCCCAACAGCUGCAGAACCAUGUCGGAUCCAAGGCGCAAGCCGUCUCCGCCCUAUGGCGGCGGUACCAGCUGGAGUACACAUGGAGACUCAACAGCAUGGAACGCUACGAGGAUUUUUCACUUGUCACGCGAAACUCUUUGCUGCAUGCUUUAGCCGAGCACGGCGAGCAGUUGAGCGACAGCGAAAUCACCAGUCUGAUGGAAGCCUACGACCAUCUCACUACAUUCCCCGACGUGGGCCCAACCUUGAAUCGGCUGGCAGCGGACGCAAGCAUUCAGGCCGUGGUGUUCUCCAAUGGGUCCAGAUCCAUGGUCACCAACUCAGUCCUGCGCUCGAAAGAUCUUGCUCCGCACGCAAGCACAUUCAAGGACCUCGUCACUGUCGACGAGAUUCGACGCUACAAGCCCUCGCCCACAAGCUACCGGCACAUUGCCCGAAAAAUGGAAAAAGAGACAACACAGAUGGGCCAGAUAUGGCUCAUCAGCGCGAAUCCGUUCGAUAUUAUAGGAGCGCGAAGCGUAGGCAUGCGUGCAAUUUGGGUUGAUCGCGCCGGGCGAGGAUGGCAGGAUGCCGCAGUGCCGGAUUUACAGCCAACGGCCAUUGUACGCAGCUUGGAGCAGAUCAUGAAGGAGAUACAAGGUCGGAAUUUUGAAGAAGAAAAGAAAUGGCAGCGCGCGUCGCGAAAACUCUGGGCUUAUAUACGAGGCCCGCACGUGACUGCUAUCGAUAAGCGGAGUCCGUCCGCCAAGCUCCUCUUCCGAAAGGGUUGGCCGCAGCUCCACAACUUCAAGCUGGAAUCUCCAAGGGUUCCGCCGCCACCACUCUCUGCACUCGAACCCGUCGGCAGCAUGGCGCGGCUGUUUGACCAUAGCAGGUCCGCCUGGUUGUAUCCUCUCAGGGGCAUCCACUAUUUCGCAACGCACCGCUUCCUUUGGCCCUUGUUCAAGGCCCGCCUCCUCCCAAUAGUUUUGCUCUCGAGCUUCGUCUACUUCCUUCUGUUCUUCUUCACAUAUCUCCCUCAAGUGGCUUUCUUGGCCCUCUUCCAGGGCGCUGGUGCCUGGGUCAAUGGCGCAUUCCUUGUGCUUGGUGAAGGAGCUGCUAUUGUCGCGGCACUGUUCGAGGCAUUCUUCGUUGACGAGACUCUGGUGGACAUAUUUGACUCGGUGCUGGUGAACGAAGGCCAGGAGGGACUUGUGCUAGCUUCGCGCGUCAUCUACCCCGAGGCCGGUGACCCGGCUAGCCGUCUUGGUACUCCGACCGUCAGCGCUGUAUAUGCGCCGUUCUCACUGCGACAAAUCCUCGAGUUCAUCAUUUUGCUCCCGCUGAACUUUAUCCCAGUGGCUGGAACGCCGAUGUUUCUGGUGCUGACUGGAUACCGGGGCGGGCCCUUCCACCACUGGCGCUACUUCCAGCUGCUGGAUUACUCCAAGCAGCAGCGCAAGGAGAGCGUGAGCCGACGCCAGCUCCAAUACACAACAUUUGGAACGAUUGCGCUCAUCCUGCAGCUCAUCCCACCCUUCUCGAUGCUCUUCCUGAUGACCACGGCCGCUGGUGCUGCGUUGUGGGCCGCAGAUCUGGAGACUAAGCGGCAACUUGCAGCACAGCGACCCAGCCGACUGGGCGAUAAUUAUCAUGAUGAUUUCACGGCAUAA